GAGGCGGCGCCGCCCACCGCCGCGGCGCGACCGCCGCCGCCCACGCCGCCGCCCGCGGAGGACGACGACGACGCGGACGACGAGGACAGCAAGACGCUGUCGCAGCAGAUCGCCGACGGCAAGUACGGCCUGAUCCAGAAGGAACUGUACGGCGAGCCGCCGGCGCGCCCCGGCAUCGUGAGCUACGCGGCCAACCCGGAGGUGCCGCGCGACACGGCGCGCACGCUGGGUGGCCUGCGGCCGUCCGAGGUGUGGCUGGCCGAAGACCACGUGCUCGUGCUGAGGGGCGGCGCCUUCGCAGCCCCCGAGCGCACGGAGAAGCCGCCCUGGCCGCCCAUCGACGACUACCACGCGCCGCCCAGACAGGUGCGGCUGCCGGCGCGCCCGCGCGUGCCGCCGCCCUUCCCGGUGCAGCUGGCCGACGGCGAGCCGCCGCGGCUGCUAGGCAACCAGUCCCGGGCGCGGCCGCGGCCGCCGUUCUUCGCGCCGCCCUUUCCGUUUCCCGGGCCCGGCGCGGCCAACGCGACGCGGGACGGCGCCGCGCCUCCGUAUCUCUACCCGCCGCCGGGAAACUUCCCCCCCGGAGGGGCCGUCCCUACGCCAGCGGGCAACGGAUCGUUGUCGCCACCUCCGUAUCCGUUUCCACCUCCGAGAAACGGGUCGCUGUACGGGCCUCCCGCCGGCCCCUUCCCGCCCCCGCCCUUCUUCUUCCCCGGCCCGUACGGGCCGCCACCGACGGGCAACGCCACCUUCCCGCCUCCCGGCAACGGCUCCUUCCCCUUCCCCUUCCCGUUUCCAGUAAACGGGUCGCUGCCGCCCGGCUUCCCCGUGCUGCCACCGGGGGCGGCGCUGCUGCCGCCGCCGGGACUCUUCAAUGACACCUUCGACGAGGACGACAUGUCCAUUUAUUACCCGCCGCCGUACGACUUCUACUAUCCGACCGACAAUACGACACAGGUGCCACCGGGUCCACUAGUGCCCGGAAUAGUGCUGCCACCUCCGCCGAACUUCUUCGGACCACUCGACAACGAAACGGAGACUGCGGGCUCUGGCGGGACGACGGUCGCACCGCCGCCCUCCGAGACGACCGCGGGCGAGGGGUACACCGCCAAAUACGUGCCGGUGACGACUCAGAAUCGGCGUAAGAAACCUACACCUGCGACCACCGCGAAGACUGUCGCCGACGUGCUGGUCUCGACGCCGCCGCCGCCACAGCCGACGCCGGCUACUCCGGUACCGCCCGGUCGCAGCCCUUCGGUGCAGGUGAUCCACGACGGAGCGUCACCUCUCCGGCCUCCGGGUUACUACUAUUACCGAGUCCCCACCGCCGUCCCGCUUACCUCGACGGUAGCUCCGCCGACGGUCAUCCUGUCCUCCACUACGGCUGCCCCGCCACCUGCGAGUGUUUCGUACGUCGUCGUGCCCGUCACAGAUAUAGUGGUGCGACAGCCAUCCCAGAGUCAACAGCAGCAGCAGCAGCAGCAGCAACGACAACAACAUCGACAGAGGCCCAAGGCACCAGAUCCGACACCGCCCACCUACUUCUACGACCCCGUCUCUGACCGUACGCCAAAAAAGUCUUACUAUUUCUUUGAAGAACCUUGGCGCGGCAUUUCCUUCCAGUUCCCAUUACCGAGCCCGACACUGCAAACACUGCUGGGACAGUCGUACCGUCAGCCGACGCAGCUCUACUACUAUUCGGACACCACAAAACGACAGAGGCCGUCGCAAUCUGUCGGCACUUCACGUCCCCCGUACUACAGUCUUCCGCAACAGGUAUCGACAGUGCCGCCGCCGUCACCGCACUAUCCUCAGUCGACACCUGGCCGGGCACCGUACUACGGCCCCACGACACAGACACCGGCACCUUAUUACUUGCAGGUGUCCACACAUUCUUAUUACGAUAUCGGACCAUCUACUGUCAGACCUGUGUACCGGCACAAUUUUGAGCAGCACCGAGUACCGAAUACGACACCCGGACCGCGUACGAGUCCACCGGUUUACCGGACGACGACACCGCGCACGGUCUUCGAGUUCGACUACAGACAGCAGCAGAAGUUUCAGCAACCCCCAUCCUAUUUCACUCCCGGACACACUUCCGGUGACUUCUCUCGGGUUCACGUAACUACACCGGCUCCCUCACGAUCACAGCAAUACGGAGGUGAACAAAUAUCGAGCAGUGGCUACUCGACGGAGAAUCCGUUGUCGGCACUGUUCACACGACAGGAUGAAAGUCUCAUCGAUGAAAAUACGAAAAGGUACUUCACAAUAUUUGGACAGAAGUUGCCACAACAGGAAUCUGAAAUACCGUCCACAACACCGAUGCCUAUUACUAAGGAACAGCAGAAUUUAAAAGAAGCUCUUCCACUGUCUCUAGAAGGUGAUACCUUGGUCAACUACAGACCACCACUUCCUGCUGCCAAUCCAGAAAGUGAGUUUAUUGCGUACCCAUUGCCAGGAGACGGUGCCCACGCAUACUUCCUCCCACCCGGUGGUGGAUACUCGUAUCCAGCUCCGGUACCAAACCAGCGACUACGGUAUCGUAGAAAGGAUACGGGCAGUGAAGUGACGUGACCUUUUAUGAUGGAAGUGUCUCAGUGUGGAAAGCUCUUCUGAUUCGAACAGUGCUUCCAAAGCAAAAUCACAAACUAGAAAAAUUGAAUUAAGCUUCAUAUACUUGAGAAAAAUGUGUGAAUUGUUCCACAAGUGAGUGUUCGACAAACUGAUGCAGUUGCCUCAUUUCUGUUUACAAAGCGUGAUGAGAGUGUAUAUUUAUGUGUUGUUACAAACUACUACAGACUUACUUUAACUGUUGUGAAUGCCACUAUUGCCGUUUUUAUGGAAAUGUGUUGACGGAGUAGUCUGUGUUGUAAAUAAACAUCCUCCCAUUCACAUAUAUUUGAUAACUGCUGCUACUGAUGUGUACGAGUGUUAGUAACAGCUUUGUUCCAUUUCUCAGUGCCAUUCAACUCAAUAAACAAAAUUUAUAUGUUGUUAAUGUAUGACAGCAAACUCAGGCAUAUUAUUCUUAAGGUACCAUGUAGUUUUUUGUAGCAAAAGCAGCAACUGUUGUAACUCAGCUUAACCUAUAGUGCAACACCAGCCAAAUAUUAUGUAUCUCUGCUUUGAGUAGAGCAAAUCUAGAUCAGAAAUAAAAUAACCCGGAAUUAAUGAACCAUCCCUACAGUCCUCCCUUCUCAAAGUUUGGAACAAUGACCAACAAACGUCACUAACUCAUUCUCAUAUUCUUUUACACCAAAUGUGCUCAAGAGCCAGGUCCAUCAAAGGCGUAAAAACAGCAACCUUUUCCUGGAUACAUUUAGUUUCCACGCUUAAGCAAAUAAUUCAAGAAUUAUCACACAAAACCAUCAAAGGAGUAUAUCAUCACAGAAAAUAGUGUCAGGCAUUCUGCUAACCAAAUUUUUCACUCUCAGAGUAGUGUAAAUCUACUCUGCCAUUAAACUAUUAGCAAUUUAGCAAUGUCGUCCAGUCAAAACCAAUUUGCAAGUUCACUUUGCACCUCGGCAUAACUGAGUUUCAGUGCAGAAAGAAAAAAAGAAGAGUGCAUCGUAUUCAAAUAGAAAGCAAAAUACAAGAAUGACAAAAAAUUGCUGGAAUUUAUGACAUUUUAAAGACUAGUCAAUCAUCUUUUCAAUGCAGAAGCUGUAUGUUUUACAUAAUAUUUCACGCAGUUCUUUCACUGUUAGGACUCUCAGUCUAAUGUCUGAACCUCUCAUAAUGCAUUGACAAACUAUGUUGAGGAUACAUAUCAUAAACCCUGGCAGCCUGAUCAUUUUACCUAACCACUGAAUCAUUAUUGUACAAAAAUCAGUCAAUAGCCUAAAUUACAUCCAACAUAUAAGUGAUAGCACACAUUCAACUAUUUAGUUGCCUGGCGCAUAUUAAUACAAGGUAUUGUUGAGGUUUGAGUUGUGGCCAAAAAACAAAAGCCAAUUCCUCCUAUAUAUUAGGAACAAGCAAGAAAUAGCAAACAAUAAUGAACAAUUCUCAACAACAGAGGAAUAACUCAUACAUGUGGUACAUUAUAAACGCAAAUGGAAAUCUCACUGAAAUGUGACAGAACUGGCACAUUUCAUCUCUAAUAAAAGGCACGAUGACCAAA